CCAGAUGGAUGAUGGGCUGCGGUGUGCUGGGGGAAAAAAAAUGAUAAUAAAGUUGAAACAGUCACAGGUUGUGGACCGACUUCAGGUUUCCUUUGUUUCUUGAUUGACAUUCCGAUAAGGCAAGUUCAAGCAGUUUGGAUAAUGGGCCUAAUUUUUCUAAGCCAGUAAAAUGCUGUAGCUCCACCGCCUUUCCCAUAUAAUACCGUUAAUGGACUUUGGCUACCGCAUGAUUGAACUGUUGGUGAUUUAUGCCUUAUUAUCCUUUCAAAUUCCCUCAGUGACCCAGAAGAAUCUGGAUUUCCAUAGAGGCGAAGGAGUAGGACACAGCAAUCCGGCUUCCCCUGGCAUAACAUCCACCACUAGAAGCCACUCAAUCAUAAAAAAGCCAGAGUCAUCUCCGUGUGUUGUGUGUGUUCUGCUGGGCUCAGAAAGGUUGAUAUGGUUAUUUAAUGGGUGCUUCAGUGUAUUGCAGAUUCAAGCCGAGAAAAAUUCAGUGUUUUCAGUAUAUUCCCCCCUCUUUUCCGUCGUCGUGAGCUUGAAAAACCUUGCCAGCGUGCAGGUUAGCUGCCUUUGCAGCAGUGUUGCACUGGAGCCAUAUAACACACCUCUUCGAAAAUGAUCGUCACUUUUCUCACCUCUCAACAUUGGAAAGGGAGAUGGCUUUUCGCACUGAAAUGGGACUAUAUUAUUCCUACUUUAAGACUAUUGUGGAAGCACCCUCAUUUUUGAAUGGCGUAUGGAUGAUUAUGAAUGAUAAGCUGACCGAAUACCCCCUUGUUAUUAAUACAUUAAAAAGGUUCAAUCUUUACCCUGAGGUUAUCUUAGCCAGCUGGUACCGGAUUUAUACCAAAAUAAUGGACUUGAUUGGUCUUCAAACCAAGAUAUGUUGGACGGUUACCAGAGGAGAAGGACUCAGUCCUAUUGAAAGCUGUGAAGGAAUGGGAGAUCCUGCUUGCUUUUAUGUUGCUGUAAUUUUUAUUUUAAAUGGACUAAUGAUGGCAUUAUUCUUCAUAUAUGGCACAUAUUUAAGCGGCAGCCGAUUAGGAGGCCUGGUUACAGUGCUGUGCUUCUUUUUCAAUCAUGGAGAGUGCACUCGUGUGAUGUGGACCCCACCUCUCCGCGAAAGCUUCUCCUAUCCAUUCCUCGUCCUUCAGAUGUUGCUUGUGACUCAUAUUCUCAGGGCUACAAAACUUUAUAGAGGAAGCUUGAUUGCACUCUGCAUUUCCAAUGUCUUUUUCAUGCUUCCAUGGCAGUUUGCUCAGUUUGUACUUCUUACUCAGAUUGCAUCAUUAUUUGCAGUAUAUGUUGUGGGAUACAUUGAUAUAUGCAAAUUACGGAAGAUCAUUUAUAUACACAUGAUAUCUCUUGCACUUUGUUUUGUUUUGAUGUUUGGAAACUCAAUGUUAUUAACUUCUUAUUAUGCUUCCUCUUUGGUAAUUAUUUGGGUUAUACUGGAAAUGAAACCACAUUUCCUGAAAAUAAAUGUAUCUGAACUUAGUUUAUGGGUUAUCCAAGGAUGUUUUUGGUUAUUUGGAACUGUUGUACUAAAGUAUUUGACAUCUAAAAUCUUUGGCAUUGCAGAUGAUGCUCACAUCGGCAACUUAUUAACAUCAAAAUUCUUCAGUUACAAGGAUUUUGAUACAUUAUUGUAUACCUGUGCAGCUGAGUUUGACUUUAUGGAAAAGGAGACUCCACUGAGGUAUACAAAGACAUUGUUGCUUCCAGUUGUUCUGGUUGUGUUUAUUGCAAUCGUUAAAAAGAUUAUUAGUGACAUGUGGGGUGUCUUAACUAAACAACAAACACAUAUAAGAAAACACCAAUUUGAUCACGGAGAGCUAGUUUAUCAUGCAUUGCAACUGUUAGCAUAUACAGUCCUCGGUAUUUUAAUUAUGAGACUGAAACUCUUCUUGACACCACACAUGUGUGUUAUGGCUUCCUUGAUCUGUUCAAGACAGCUGUUUGGAUGGCUCUUUUGCAAAGUACAUCCUGGUGCUGUUGUUUUUGCUGUAUUAGCAGCAAUGUCAAUACAGGGUUCAGCAAAUCUCCAAACCCAAUGGAAUAUCGUAGGAGAGUUCAGCAAUUUGCCACAAGAAGAACUUAUCGAAUGGAUCAAAUACAGUACUAAACCAGACGCAGUCUUUGCAGGCGCUAUGCCCACAAUGGCAAGUGUUAAACUCUCUGCGCUUCGGCCCAUUGUGAAUCAUCCACACUAUGAAGAUGCAGGGUUAAGAGCCAGAACGAAAAUAGUUUACUCAAUGUAUAGUCGAAAAGCAGCUGAAGAAGUGAAGCGAGAAUUGAUAAAGUUACAAGUGAAUUAUUACAUUCUAGAAGAGUCCUGGUGUAUAAGAAGAUCCAAGCCUGGGUGCAGUAUGCCUGAAAUUUGGGACGUAGAAGAUCCUGCUAAUGCUGGGAAGCCUCCCUUAUGUAACCUCUUGGUGAAGGAUUCCAAGCCACACUUCACCACCGUAUUCCAGAACAGUGUUUACAAGGUCUUAGAAGUUAUAGAAGAAUGACUGCUGCCUAUAGAGAAGUACAUCAGUAAUGGUUUUAAUGUUUUGCUAAUAACUCAUGCCUUGUUUUUAAUUCAAAUCCCAAAAACUUUUAUAGAUAACUGUUUUCAAAUAGAAAACAUUUUGUUUGGUCAAUUUGAAUGUUGUUCUGACUGUAAAAAUACUUAUACCUUAAUCAAUUGGUUACUAUUUCAAUGCACCCCUUAAAAUUUGCUAUGCAAAUGAGUAUAUGUUUGUACCUGACUUAAAUAUUUGUGCUAAAGUAAGGGAGCAAAGCUACCUGUAUAAAAAAUAUGAUGGGUCACGACAAGAAGGAUAUGAAAAUAUCAUGAGUUCCGAACAGUGUAGGGGCCGAUUUUAGUUUAUGGACUAUUGGUGCCCCUUGCUGCUUCUCCUGCCUCUUGCUCUUGUCUUCGUGACAUCGCAGUAACUGUCCUAAGCAUCUCAGUUGCGUCGGGCCCGUCAUCAACUUCCGUAAGAGAAGAUGGGGCAGACGUGGGUAUUUGCUAUGUGGAAUUACCUGUUUCACUUCUUAAUGUUCUUUUGUUUCUUGUUGCUCUUAUGAAUGAAGCAUUUCCUGCCCAUUACUAAUCCAGAUUCUUGGAUCUAAUGGUCAGGACUAAAUUCCUGUAAUUACCAACCAUAUGACAUUAGUGUGUCUUCUUUCUCUCCUUCUCUCCUUCUUUCUCUCCCAGAAUUGUCAAAUAAGUGUUACUCGUUUAGUUGCUUAGAAAGUACUUAUUCUUGGUUAAAAAAAAAUGUAAUGGCAAUUGUGUAUUUUUCUCAUUUUUAGUAUUAUUCAGAUGUUUAUAUUUUAAUACCUUUAAACCACUGUAAAAAUUUUUCAUGUUUAAUUGUAGUUUUAAGAACAACUAUUUUGAAUGACCCAAAUAUAAUGCAUCUACAAACUAAUGUGUAGUUGAGUAGACAUAAUUUGCAGUGGAACAGUAGACUGUAGUGCGUGUAGUUUUUCUUCUAUUAAUAUACAAUAAAACAUGACUAAUUUUUCUGUCAAAAGAGUAAACGAUAA